AUGGUGGCCGAACAUUUGACUAUUCGCAAUCUGACCUCGACCCCUAUUACCUUGAAGCGCAUUGAGCGGUUUCGUCCUCAUGAAAAGCCCCGCGAUGACCUCCAGUCGCUAGCGAAGAACUUCACCCGGCUCGUGGCCAAUGUCACCACCAACGUUACCCGCGCAUCCGGGCCCGUCGCCUCCCUCGGCCAUGAUACAGAACCGUUUGAGCAUAAGGAUGUUGAUAUUCGCCUGGAACCGUUCAAGGCAAUCAAGACCGAGCUGCGCACCUUCGUUGACUCGGACAAAGAGCGUCUGCGCUGGGUUUUUGAAGUAGAGGGGGAGAAGCACCAGAUCCAGACACCUGUGCCAACCACGGAGUCUGCCACGAUGAAGGCGCUGUGCGAGAAGCCCAAGCAUAAACUCACCGGCGUAUAUGUCACGCCUGAGUCCCACCUCGCACUCUACUCGUCGGCCAACCUGCAUGCUUGGAUGGGGGAGCUGAAGGAUAGCACCUUGGUUUCCUCUCUUUCCAUCCCCGGCACACACAACUCUCCCACCUGUCACGUUGCACCGCCGUCGGUUCGCUGCCAGGCAGUCAGUCCAAAAGAGCAACUGCAGAACGGAGUGCGGUUUUUCGAUAUCCGCGUGCAGCCACAGUAUCCCAACGAUCCCGCUAAAGAUGACCUGGUCCUAGUGCACAGCGUAUUUCCAAUCUCCUUGACGGGAAAUAAAUACUUCCGAGACCUCAUGCGCGAAGUGGACGACUUCCUUAAGCACAACCCAUCCGAGACCCUCAUCAUUUCCCUCAAACGGGAAGGCCCCGGAGAGCAUACAGACGAACAGCUAGGUCGUAUUUUGCACGAUCAUUACGCUCGUUCCGAAAGCAACUGGUACACAGAACCCAAGAUCCCCACGCUGGGUGAGGUGCGAGGAAAGGUCGUCCUUCUGCGCCGAUUUAAUAUUGCACAGAAUCUGAAGGAGGCACAUGGUGGACGUGGCUGGGGUAUCGACGCAAGUGCCUGGGCCGACAACUGCGCCAAUGCGACCUGCGCAAGCGGACAGGUUUGCAUCCAGGAUUUCUACGAGGUCCAGGAAACACAGAACAUCGGGCAAAAGGUGAAAUACGUGGCUGAACAUUGCGAACGAGCCGGCAAGACCUGCUACCCGUUCGGGGUGCUUCCGGGGCCCAAGGCCACCAGCGCUCAUCCAUUCUACAUCAACUUCCUGAGUGCAAGCAACUUUUGGAAGCUCGGGACUUGGCCAGAGAAGAUUGCUGCUAAGCUGAACCCGGCUACGGUUGACCAUCUCUGCCGGAAGCAUGGCGAGAAAGACGGCGAUUGGUCCACUGGCAUCCUUGUCACUGACUGGGUCGGAUUGGACGGGGAUUGGGAUCUUGUGCGCUGCAUUGUCGGCAUGAAUGCACGGUUGAAGCUGAGACAGGAGACCCAUGAGAAGAACGAGAGAAAAAAGAAGAACGAGGAAGAACAGAAGAAGAAGAACGAGGAGGAACAGAAGAAGAACGAGGACCAGAAGAAGAAGGAGGAAGACCAGAACAAGAAUCACGGAAAGGAUGGAAAGAAUGAAAACCACGAGAAACACGAAAAGCAUGAGAAUCAUGAAAAACAUGAAAAGCAGGAGAAACAUGAAAAGCAUGAAGAGAAACAGAAGCAUGAGGAGAAACACGAAAAGCAUGAAAAUCAUGACAACCAUAAGCAGGAGAAACAGAAGCAUGAGGAUAAACAUGAGAAGCAUGAAGAGUCCAAGAAAUAA